AAGAGCCGGUCUUUGUUUGUUUUCUGAUUCCUCCCCCGCCGUCGUCGCCGUUGUCGACCGUGUCCAUGUCUUCAUUGCGGUUUCGCCCCUUAUCAUGAUUAUCCUUGCCCCCGAAGACCAGCCCCAAGUCAAGAACGAUCCCCAUGCUUCCCGCCCCACUGUCCGAUUGCCAGAGCCGGCUGUCCCGGCAGGACGUAGCAGCACGCCCUCGACGCUGCCGGACUACGAGACAUCCCAGGCACAGCAGCUGCUCGAGCACCACUUCCCCUCACGGCGCCGCCGUGGCUGGCACUGGCCGCAGGCACCCCUCAACCUCAAACCCAGGAGCUACAAGGCGUUGCUAUACGGCCUGGCCCUCUACGUGUUCCUCACCAUCGUCGUCGGAGUCCCCCUCAUCGUCACGCAAUUGCGAAGACCGUUUCCGCGUCACCACCCGCCCCCCUGGGAUGACACGGAGGAAACCGAAACAUCAUCACUGCUCGACCUCGCCCGCAUUGGCUUGGUCAUGGUCGGUGACACCGGGGGAUUCAUCUGCAACAACUGGACAAUGUCAGAGGACCCGGAUACGAAUCGCUACCGCGCCAGCGUCUCGCACGCGUUUUCUCCCAGCGGCUCCCUCUCGAUCAGCUCCAAUGCUAGCGAAGCAAACUUCGUGGGCAUGACCGGGGCUCUCUGGGUGGAUGUGAAUCCUGACACGUCGGUCUCCGAUAUCGUGCUCACGGUGGACGUGGUCGCAUCGACCGACAUGCUUCGACACAUGGUCCACGUCUGCUUUGGUGACUCUGGCAAUGACCGAGGAGCCGCGAUCUAUGUUCCCAGCCACCUUCCCUCAUCUGAUUCGGUCGACGUGCAAAUUUACCUUCUUUACCCUUCCUCCCCCUCUCUCGACAUCAAGAACCUUGUCACAUCGCUACCGCUGUAUACCCAGGCGUUUGACGGUUUGAGCCCCACGGUGGUAUUCGAUACUCUCAGCGUCUAUGGGUCGCGCGGAGAUGUCUGGUGCGAUAGCGUGCAGGCGCGCAAGGUUGUGAUCCAAAAUUCACUUGGAUCCAUCGGCGGAAAUUUCAACGUAACACAGCUUUUGAAGCUGGAUACCAUCGAGGCACCUAUCAAGGGCAACAUCACCCUCACGUAUGUGGACACCGAUGAUGAUUCAGGGACAAGCAGUUUGGCCAUGUACACUGGGAAUAGCGAGAUCAACGCGAAUGUGACGCUUCACUACAGCGGAUCGAGCGACCCGUCCCCGGAGUACAUGAUGGAUGUGAAAACCUUCAAUGACACCCUGACUCUCGACGUCGCGUACGAUACAUCGACCCCCAAUGCCCGAUUAGACUUGCGUGCCCAGAACAAUCUUGCUCAGUCAACGGUUCUGAUCGACGAGCAAUUCACGGGAACCUUUGAUCUGCAGACCAAGCUGUCCUCAGCGGAGGUGCUGGAAGGGGACACCUCAUCCCCGGACGCGUAUCGCGGACCGGACCGACGGACGUUUAUAUACGAUACUAGGUCCGCGACGCGAAGAAAGGGAUGGGUGGGCUGGGGUGCUCGCCCGGACAAGUGGCAGCCCGACCAAGGUCACAUCGACCUCGUCUCCUCGUACAGCCCUGUGACUCUACGCACUCGUCCGAGUGACCCAUGACGGGGGGCCCGUGUUAUGUAUUCCUACCGAGCGCACUGGGCAUAUGUACCACUGUAUUAUACUAUACUUAUUCACUAGCGGUAAUGGCAGAGUAUCUGGAAUUC